AUGGAUCAAAAUAAGAAAUUCAGGAAUAAUAGUAGUUCGACAAACAACAACGAGCUUCAAAUGGCCAAGGAUUUCGGUCCUUUGAAUCAACAAAUAUGUGAAUUACAAACUUAUAUUAAUCAUUUAGAAACAGAAAAGCAACAACAAGAUAAUACAAUCAUAGAAUUGCGAGAAAAGCUAUUAAACGCUACAUUACAAUUACAAGACAUCUCUAAGAAUUAUCAAGAACAAAUUACAUAUAAUAAUAGCGGAAAUAACACAGAGAGUUUACAAAUAGAGUUAAAUGAGAGUAGAAAAGAGUGUGAGCAGUUAAAAUUAGAAUUAGCUCGAAUUUCUGGGCUUUUUAAUUCUGAAAUACUUGAUCUUACGAAUGAUUAUACUGAUUCGACCACACAACUUCAGAUGCAAUUAAAUAUGACACAGAAAAAUUUACAAAACAAAAAUAAAGAAUAUACAAUUACCAAUUCGGAAUAUAAAAGACAAGUUGAUGAAACAAAUGACAAGCAAAAACAACUAGUCGAACUUACUAAACGCUGCCGAGCACUCCAAGCAGAGCUUGAUCAAAAAAAUGAUGAAAAUUCAGCUCUUAAUAAAGAAUUAAAGGACAAAUUAGAUUCAAAUGAAAAUUUAAAGGCACUACUAAGUGAGAAAGAAAAUUAUAUCUCAUCAUUACAAGAUCGCUUAAAUUUAGAGGAAAAAUCUUCAAGUAAAUUUAAACAAUCUCUAGAAGAAACAAGAACGAAGCUUUACUCUCAAGAGCUUAUGCUUUCUCAAAAUUCACAAGAAGCAAUUGAUCAAAAAAUUCAAGAAAAAAUUGAUGAAUUUCAAUUAGAGUUUAAUCAAGAAUUACAACGAUACAACACAAUAAUUGAUUCUAAAGACCAAGUAAUUUCCAAGUUAGAAGCUCAACUCGAGAAAUAUAAACAAAAUAACAAUGCAUUAGAGCUUAAAGCAGAGGAAGCCUAUGAAAAGCAAGAAAGAGCAACUCAUUCAGCAACAACUGUUAGUGAAGAGCUCGAGUAUUUAAGAAAAGAAUUAACUGACAAGGAAUUAACAAUCAAAUCGUUAACAGAUGACAAAAAUGAAUUAUUAAGAGAACUUGAAACAGCUGAAAUGAAAACACAGAGCGAAGAACUCGCAAAAGAGAAGAAAUUACAUAGCGAUGACAUCAAAAAACUUCAAUCACAAAUUGAUACUCAGUCAAGACACUUUGGUGAUGAAUUGGACACUCUUAAAAAGAAACUAGAUACAUAUAUGAUACAACUUGCUGACGGAAAUUCCGAAAUAACUCGUUUGACUGCAAGUUUAAAUCAAGCGAAUUCCGAAAACGAAAAACUUAAAUCAGAAUUGACAUCUCUUAAAGAACAAAACGCAAAAUACGAUGAAAGAGUUAUAAAAAUGACAUCUCAGAUCCUUAAUCUCGAAGAAAACAAUAAAGUACAAAGCGUUAAUCUCCAAGAAGCUGAUGAAAGAGCCAAAGAAAAAGCAGAUAUUGAAGUAAGGAAAGCAAACAUGGCUCUUGUAUCAUUGAACAAUGAUUUGGUAAAAGAACAGAAAAUUGUUUUCGAUCUUACAAAUAAAAAUGAAGAAUUACAAGCAGCAAACAGUGCAUUGAAGAAUGAAGUCAAACUAUUAAAUGAUGCUUUGUCAGAAUCAAAUGAAAGACAUCAAAAAGAAUUAGAAAUUCUCUCUAAAUCAAUCAAAAGCGCUGACAUAGAUAUAACGAAAGAAUACAAUGAAAAGGUUAUUAAACUCACAAAGUCAUUAGAUGAAACAAAAGCCUUGUUAUACGCAGAAGUUCAAGAGCAUCAAGGAACUCGUGAACGACUUUCAAAAUGCAUAGUUGACUCAACCAAGAAAGACAAAGAAAUAAGAGAUUUACAAUCUCUUCAAACAAACAUUACUUGCAUUCAACAACUUCUUAAUGUUUCGAAUCCUGCAGAUGCAAUUGCAGCAAUUUCUAACUUGAAGAAAUUAGAAAUUGAAAAUAAGAAAUUGAAUGGUACAAUUUCGGAUUUGAAAGAAAAACAAGAAUCAACAAUUUUACAGCCAUUAAGACUUGAAUCAACAAUUGCACAGAAAAAAACAAUCAUUAAGAUGCUUGAGAAAGAGAAGAACUACUUGAGAGCGCAAUUAGCUGCUCAAGUUGGAAACAUUGAUUCUUCUUUAGUUCACUGCGUUGUUUUGUUCCUAAACAAUGUUUCUAAGAGUGAAUCAUUUGGAGAUAAUACGCGCCAUGAAGCUGAAUCCAUAUCAAGCAGUAUAGUUAAUGGUGAUUACAAAGGCUUAAAGACUUUCGCAGGAAUUUUAGAAUCCGAAAUUUCUGGUAUAAACAAAAAUCAUUUCAAUGAAUCCUUGAACAAACUUGCGAAGAUAAUUGAAGGAAAGUUUAUAGAAAUGGACCAAAAAAUAGGAGAAGCGGGUGCUCAUAUAGAGUUACUAUCUGAUAAAUUCCACGUUGCAAGAAGGAAUAAGAUAAAAGCUCAUCAACAGAAACUUAUUCCAGCUCCACCAAAACAAGCUGCACAUAGCGCUACUCCAAAUAGACAGAAAGGAAGUGGUAACCCACUACUUGUACAAUUAGAUCCAAAUAGGUUCCCAAGAACACCUAAGAUGUCAAAUGCUCAACGUCCAAAUCCUCAUGAUUAUAAUUAA